AAAGGGAAUAGAGGAGGUGCUUAGCUGGCCGAACCCCACAAAUCCUGUUUCCCGAUUGGCUGUUCGGUGACCAAACUUGUCCUCAAAUUAGCUCCCUCUAAUUGGUCGCGGGGAACGUCACCCCUACAUACUUACACAGCGAUAACCAUGGAACACCCUUGGGUCGUGUCUACCUUCCUCCUGCUGGCGUUUGCCCUGACUCCAUCGACAGGCCAGCGGGACUUUGAUUUGGCCGACGCUCUUGACCCUUCCGACGAUGUUACUCAGAAACCCUAUCCAGUUACCAAGAGGCCAGUGCCUGAAGACCACCCAAGACCCCAGCCUCCCUGGCGCCCACAGCCUGGACAUCCCAGCAAUGCCGGAGGCUUCGAGGAUUCCGACCUGAACGAUGGGCGGUACCCACCCAAGCCCAGACCCAGGCCGCCCGGAGGCUCAACGGGGGCGGGACUCUAUCGCUUCUGGCGGUCCUUUCCAAGGAACGAACCCGAACGGUAG